UCUGGAUUAUCCUCAGUGUGUGUGUGAGAGUGUGUGAGUGUGUGUGAGGAGGCUACUUCCACCUGUACAGACUCAACAUCACAUCAGGAGGAUGCACUGACGUCUCAUUUAUACUGGAUGUGAUUAAAGCUGAAGAUUCUUUAUUCAGCUUCAGUUACAGGUGUAAAAGCUUGAUGAUCUACUCAAUUUAACGUAUAAAAAAAGAGAAACGAGCUGAGCGAGAGAUGGAGAGACGGUUUUGGUUCAGGAUCUCACUCAUCUUGAUGGUUCUGAUCCUGACCUUGCAUAGUGAUGCGGUAGAAGGUCAGAGAGCAGGAUGUAAGAAUGUCCACUAUGACCUGGUCUUUAUCCUGGACACGUCCUCCAGCGUGGGUAAGGACAACUUCGAGAAGAUCCGUCAGUGGGUGGCCAACCUGGUGGAGUCUUUUGAUGUCGGCGAGGACAAGACCCGCGUGGCGGUGGUGCGCUACAGCGACUCUCCCACCACCGAGUUCAACCUGGCCAGGUACAAAACUCUUGAGGAGGUCAGGAGGGCGGCCAGAAACAUCCUUUACAAGGGUGGCAACACCAAAACCGGAGACGCCAUCAGUUACACCACUAAGAACAUCUUCAACCUCCGGGCUGGGGCGAGGCCCGCUGUGAGGGGGUUCGAGAAAGUGGCGAUAUUGCUGACUGAUGGACGAAGUCAGGACUACGUCCUGGAGCCGUCCAUCGCUGCAGCCAGGGCCGGCAUCAGGAUAUUUGCUGUGGGGAUCGGAGAGGCGCUGAAGGAGGAACUGGAGGAGAUCGCAGCUGAACCCAAAAACGCUCAUGUGUUCCACGUGACUGAUUUCGAUGCCAUCGACAAAAUCAGAGUCCGGCUGAGGAAGAGCCUGUGUGAAAAUGUGCUGUGUCCCAAAAUGACGGUACAAGCUGACCGCUUCAAGCCCAACAGCACCAGCGCCGGCCUGCAGGAAGUCCAAGGUUUUGACCUGAUGGACAUGUUUAAUGUGAGAGACGUUCUGGGAGAGGCGGAACCAGGGAAGAGUUCCUAUGUUAGACUGGGCACCAUGCCCAUCGUACAGCUGACCAAAAACGCGUUUCCACAAGGCCUGCCAGAUGAGUACGCCUUCGUCACCACGUUUAGGUUCAGAAAGACUUCACGGAAGGAAGACUGGUACCUUUGGCAGAUCUACGAUAAAUACGGUAUUCCUCAGGUUUCUAUUCGUCUGGACGGAGAGAACAAAGCGGUGGAGUACAACGCUGUCGGACUGACCAAGGAUGCAGUCCGGGCAGUGUUCCGCAGUCCGGAGGUGGAGAACCUGUUCGACAGGAACUGGCACAAGAUCGGCUUGAGCAUCGGCUCCAAAUCCGUCUCGCUCUAUCUGGACUGCAAGCUCAUCCAGACCCUACCGAUCGAGGAGCGAGAAGACAUCGACAUCCAGGGCAAAACCGUCAUCGGCAAGAGACUCUACGACAGCGUCCCCAUCGAUUUCGACCUUCAGAGGAUGGUGAUCUACUGCGACUCCAAGCAGGCCGGUCAGGAGACGUGCUGUGACCUGCCCGAUGGCCCUUGCCCUAAGCAGGUUGUGACCGAGCCUACACCCAUUUUAAUCCCCACUCCGACCCCCACGAGCAAAGAGCAACAGGGCCAAACUCAUACCGUCAAUUGUUCCUGUCCUGCUGGGGAACAGGGUGAAACAGGCCCGCCCGGUCCCCAAGGCCCGAAGGGUGAAAAGGGAGAUCCAGGCCUUACAGGUGCCGCCGGACCGCAAGGAUUGAAAGGGCAGAAAGGAGAACUCGGCAAGGCGGUCUCUAUCAAAGGGGAUAGAGGCGAGAAGGGGGACAGUGGGGAGCAGGGUGAGUCUGGACUCAGAGGAGACAAGGGGGAAAGGGGAUACGAUGGCCUUCCAGGACUCGCUGGGAAACACGGCGACAAAGGCGACCUGGGUGAAAGCGGCUCUCCGGGGGCCCCUGGCAUACCUGGUCCACUGGGCCCCACGGGUGUACAAGGUGAUGUGGGGCAUCCUGGAGCGCCUGGUCCCAAUGGUCUCGCUGGUGAUCAGGGUAAAAAAGGAGAAAAAGGAACAACAGGAGAAAAGGGUCAGCCAGGCCUGGAUGGUUUUCCUGGCAAACCGGGAGCACCAGGAAAAGAGGGUCUAAGGGGUCUCAUUGGUGCACCUGGAACAAGUGGAGUAAAAGGAGAAAAGGGUGAGCGAGGACCUGCAGGAAUACCUGGAAAUGCGGUGCAGAUGGACGGCCUGAAAGGAAAAGACGGUGUCCCAGGGCCACAGGGUCCUCCUGGAGCAGAUGGGCUUCCUGGACCUCCAGGUCCAGCCGGUCCACCUGGUGAACCUGGAGUACCGGGAGAAAUCGGACUAAGAGGAAAGAAAGGAGAAAGUGGACUGCCAGGAGUUGACGGCCUUCCUGGACCCCCUGGUCCUGCAGGCCCAUCUGGACCUCCUGGAGGUCCUGGACAUACUGGACCGCCUGGAUUACCGGGUGAAAUCGGCUUCUCUGGAAAACCAGGCGAGGCGGGAAAACCAGGACUCCCGGGAAAGGACGGCCUGGACGGUCUUCCUGGAAAUGAUGGUGAGAAGGGGCAAAGAGGUGAACCUGGAUUAGACGGUUUCCCCGGCAAACCUGGUCCAAAGGGAAGUGAGGGACCACCGGGACCAAGAGGACCACCAGCAGAAAGAGGUGAGACCGGUCUCCCCGGUGAGGUUGGUGUAAUGGGACCGAGAGGAGAGAGAGGAAUGCAGGGUGAAAGAGGCAAAGACGGUGACGUUGGACCCAAAGGAGAAAAAGGAGACAAGGGUGAUACUGGACCCAGAGGACCCCCUGGAACCCCAGGAGAUGUUGCCAAUGUGAUUCCUGAACCUGGAGAACCAGGAAAGCCUGGAGAGAAAGGAGAGAAAGGAGAACAGGGAAGACCUGGAGAGAUGGGACUAAGAGGACUUCCUGGAGAGCAGGGCUUCAGAGGACUUCCUGGACCUCUGGGAGUGAAGGGAGACACCGGGGACAAAGGAGAUGCUGGUAGUAACGGAGAACCUGGUCCUCCUGGGUUGCCUGGUACUCAAGGCCAGCGGGGAUUGCCGGGCAAUGUGGGAAUCCCAGGUAGUAUUGGACCACCUGGUAUUGCAGGUCUGAAGGGAGAGAAGGGAGAUAUUGGUAAAGAGGGUCAUGUAGGCCCCCCUGGUCUACCUGGAGAGCCUGGUCUGAGAGGGGAAGCAGGACCACCUGGGAGAGGCAAAGAUGGAGCAAAGGGUGAUGCAGGACCACCAGGGUUAGCUGGACCUCCAGGACUGAAGGGACCACCAGGUAAUCCGGGGAUGCAGGGGAUGCCAGGAGACAGAGGUUCUCCAGGAGGAGGAAUAACCGGACCAGCUGGACCUUCAGGUCCACCCGGUCUAUUAGGAGCUGUGGGGCCGAGAGGACCUCCGGGUGUACCGGGACCUCAGGGACCUUCUGGACAUAAUGGUUUGCCAGGAAGGCCUGGAGACAAGGGAGCACAGGGAGAACCGGGUAAAGCUGUUGAUCUGUCUCAGCUUGAUCUAAAGGGUAUAUGUUCAGAUUGUCCAGCUGGACCUCCUGGACCAUCAGGAAUCCCUGGAAGUCCAGGAGAACAAGGACCUACAGGACCACCUGGGAAAAAUGGACAGGAUGGAUACCCGGGUGCACUUGGGCCAACAGGACCUCCAGGACUACCUGGACCUGAGGGAAACAAGGGUGUGAAAGGUGAUAAAGGUGCUCCAGGAGCAGCCGGUGAUAAGGGUGAAAAGGGACUUCCGGGACCUCCUGGUUAUCCGGGCGCUGCAGGAGCGAUGGGUCAACCGGGUAAUGAUGGUAACCCUGGACCCCCUGGCCCUCCUGGAUCUCCUGGAGAAAAGGGUAAAGAGGGACUGAAGGGGAUUCAGGGACCUCCAGGUCUACCAGGCUUAAUGGGAGUGAUGGGUAAGCCUGGCAAAGAUGGAAGACCAGGAGAACAAGGAGACCCGGGAAAACAGGGAGAACCUGGACCGCCAGGCAGAGAUGGACUCAGAGGACUUCCUGGAUAUAAGGGGCACAGAGGAGAACCUGGACCUCCAGGAUCAAAGGGUGAGGACGGGAAGCAGGGAUCACCUGGACGGGAGGGUCCACCUGGAAAAGACGGAAUGAAGGGACCUCCUGGACCUGAAGGUCACAGAGGACCGAGCGGUGAACCGGGUAAACCUGGAGAGCCGGGGCCGCCUGGGAAACCCGGCCAUGCUGGAAAUCCGGGUCUUCCUGGAGUCAAAGGAGAGCCAGGAAGCCCAGGAUUACCCGGCUUUGCAGGCCCAAAAGGACCCACGGGUCCGUCUGGUCCUGUCGGUCCCGAGGGUAAACAGGGCAUGAUUGGCAAACCUGGAGACAGAGGAUUCAAGGGAGAAAAGGGUGACCACGGCAUAAAAGGAGACAAAGGUCAAACCGGAGACCCAGGAAUGCCAGGAACCCCGGGACCUCCAGGCAGGAAGGGUCAUACAGGUAUGAUGGGAAUGUCCGGACCUUCAGGAGAGGCUGGACUCUCGGGACCACCAGGUGCACCAGGUCAGCCUGGACUUCCAGGAAUCCGGGGAGAAACUCCAUCUCUGGAAUCAAUACGGAGAUUAAUUCAGGAGGAGCUUGCCAAGGAACUGCAAGCUAAAAUGGCCUACCUCAUGGCCCAGUUUCAGCCCACACACAUAAAGAGUACGGCCGGGCGUCCCGGCCCACCCGGACCCCAGGGUAAAGAUGGAGCACCUGGACGACAAGGUCCUACCGGAGAGCCUGGUAUGCCCGCACAAAACGGAGCAGAAGGACCCAGAGGACCAGCGGGACCCAAAGGCGACCGAGGUGCCAGAGGAGAAAAAGGAGAAGAUGGUGUCGGGCAGAGAGGAGAACCUGGUUCAUCCGGUCCCAUUGGUCCGGCAGGAAUCCCCGGAUACGGUAAAGACGGUUCUCCUGGAGCGUCGGGAGCUCAAGGCGAGCCUGGAAAUCCAGGUCCUCACGGUCAGCCCGGCCCAUCAGGUCCACCAGGCCAGUGUGACCCCUCACAGUGUGCCUACUACGCCGGACUGGCAUCACGACCUCACACGAAGAACGUCAAAGGAACCUAAAGGAACCUAAGCUUUAUUUUCUCAUGAGCCUGGAGCUAUUUAUGAACUUCUGAGGUGUCAAGAUGUGUGAGAGUGUGUGUGAGAGUGUGUGUGAGUGUGUGUCCUGCCGGCCAGAUAUACUUGGUGGGACAAAGGGGAGGGUUUGUACUGUACUAUGAGGGAGGUAAGUCAUUUAGAUGUAGCCGAUUCUCUUCCAUCAGGGAUCUGUUCAGUCCAUUCAGUCUGUACCGUGUUCCCUAUGCGACCUGAGAACAUCACCCUGAAGAUCCCAUGAUUUCCCGAUUCCUCGCCGUUUACGAUAACGUUAUCCGCCACGGGUUACUGGUGUUAAAUUAGCCUGAGGUUAUUAUUCCACGUCGGCGGAAUCGAUCCGCCGGAGUGUGCGUGACGGCACUUAUCUAGGGAGGGGAUUUAUCUUCUGUAGUUCCAUCGAUCGCCGGGUACGUGCUGGUCAGUGUGGUGACGGAGGGAGAAAAAGUGAAAUACGAUCGGCGUACGACGACACCGGGCUUCAGAUGAGGUUGUUGGCGAGUCCGCUGAGUCAUCCACCAUCCGUUUAUUAACCGCAGUUGGGGUCAAAAGUUUAUAUACAUCGAUCA